GCGUUAAAAGCCAUUAGACUAAAUUACAGAGAGCAAGAACGUCAUGAUAGUUGAAUAAGAUCGCUAGAAUGCCAAUUUAUAUACACGUAAAUUCUACGAACAACUGAUCUGUCAGCUUGAGGAGGUGUAUUUAUCACACGAUCACGUAACGUUUUUAUAGGAACUACUGAGAAUGAAAGGGCCCUGAAGCUGAUACGGUGGUGGUUCCGAAAACAAAACCCGAAACUGACAAGGACCUUCCUUGAAGCCUUUAGUCAAUGUUUUAUUUGCCAAAUUAAGAAAAAGUGAGAUAUACGCCGAGUGAGGUAAUAUUUUAUGCACAGCUUUUGCCACUCGGCCACGAAGCAGAACUUAGCAUUCAGACGAGUGUCUCUAUGUUAAAUAAUAAUGAUAAAAGCUUCAACAGAGAGUAAUAAGUGGUAGUAUCCAGCCAGUCUUGUUUCUCGCUCAAUUACAGUGUACUAUGCGAAAGAUUUCUAUAAAUUUAGUUUAAAUGCCUUAUUUUCUGAGCUAUAAAAAUAAUUUUUAUUCAAACACUACGGCACGCAAGUUCUUUUCAGCUUGAAGAAGAAUAGUGUUUUGGGGGAUUCUUAGCUUCCUCUCCAUCCCCAACUAUCAAAAGACUGAGCGAUGAUAACCAGUACAACAAGACCGGAACAUGGACAAUCGAUACCUUUAAUGCAAUGCUUCCAUGUUCAUGUAUGUCAGAGUGGCCCUUAUGAAAUUUGGAAGACAACAUAAGUAAUUCAAUUUGACAAAUACAAUUCACCGCUACUGAAAAUUAGCAUUCAUUUAUUUCUUCGCAUCCGCAGACACUUGAGAAUCUUUGUUGUAUUUUUUGACAUUUCUGACAGACCGUGGCGGCAUAAUAACAGCUGAUUGUAUAAGGUAACCUUGAAAUUCAAGUGGUGCAUCAUUUCACACUUAGCCUUCUUCGUUCUUGUGCUCAAAUUAAGCACGAGUCACUAACAAUACGAAAUAAUUGGAAACCUUUCUGGUCAACUUAUUAAAAAUUGGAUCGAACGCGUCUGCUUAGCGAAGAGUUUAUAGCUUGUCGCCGAACAAACCUUCUCAAGGUAAGAGUUUGGAUUCAGAAACAUUUUGUGGUGUUUGAAUUCACUCCUGAGAGCGAGAUGUUCGGUCAAAAGGGCAUUUUUAAAACAGCUGAUGUAAAUUGUAUAGCUACUGUUGAUUGCAUUAUUUGCGAAGUCGUUUCUCGAUUUAAUAUUGCUUGUAUGUAACUUUCUACUGUGUAGAAGUAUAGACGUAAUCGAAGCAAGAAAAGAGUACUUCUUUGUUUCGUCAGGCCUGUGUAGACACACAGUACUAUGUACUGGUCCUCAAAGUGUUUAACGUGCAACGCGUUUGAGAUUGCUAUGGUUCUUUCUUACAUGCACAUGUCUAGCUCCUCCCAUUUAUUACUUCGCUUUAUUCAUGUCAACUAAAAAUGUUCUUCAAAACAUUGUUAAUCACUGCGUAACAGAAAACACAAAAAAUAAUAUUAAAACUGGGAACUUCACCCAAUCUUCACUUAAGUCGGUAGUUUGCGAUUGUAUUAUGGGGACCUUUAAUGUUCAGCUUCGAAUCGCAACAUUCAUGCAAGGAAAAAAUUUUGAGCCACAUUUAACUAUAAAAUAAGGCAUUCAGUUCCAACAAACGAACAAACAUAAAAUAGAUAAAUUACUAACUAAAAAGCCAGAGAGAAAAAAAAAUGUAGGAAUGGACAACCGUGAAUUUUCAACCGGACGGUUCCAGCUGAAAAUUACAAGGUUAAUCGAAAUAAUAGAUCUAAAUUACUUAACAUAUUCAUUGUGGGAAUAAGCACGUAUAUUUUAAUGGUGGUUACUUCAGGCUCUAAAGGAUUCUGUCUGAUGCUGGACACUCAAAUACUUUAAGGCUAAGUGACAAUUUUAUUUGAAAUACCCCACUUGAGUCCUCCAGCUACCGUACUAAUGGCAAGCUAUUAUUCCUCUCAGGUGACGUGAGAAACACGAUGAAUCAAUCAGGAACCCGAUCAGGAACUGGGUUUAGCGAAGAGGACUCAAAGCUGAUCGACUUGCCUCAAGUUUGGACUAUCUUCCUCAUGCUUGUCAUGAUCCUUGUUCAAGUCUUGACAGUUCUUGGGAAUAUCACAGUCUUGGUAGUUCUGCGCUAUUCAAACGUUCUAAACAUGAUUGUCAAUUGUCCUCUGCUGGUUUCUCUGUCGAUUGCAGAUCUUCUGGUAGCCAUUCUGGUAAUGCCUUGCGCACUAGAUGCCGUCAAUACAGGUUCGUGGAGAUGCGGAAAAAUCUGGGGCAAGUUCAACGGAUUUGGAAACUUUCUUUUCUGUAUUUCGUCAAUUAUACAUCUAAUGGUGCUGUCGUUUGAUCGUUAUCUAGCAAUUUCUCGCCCACUAUUUUAUCCAUUCGAAAUGACCACUAACCGAGCUAUAAUCAUCUGUCUCGCCGCCUGGAUGUAUUCAGCACUUUGGGCGUUCUUACCCUUAUUCGGUGUAAGUUCCUACGAGUGCUUCAUCUCCUACAUCGGCGAGUGUCAGGCUGAAGACUGGUCCAAAUAUGGUUUAAAUUUUGUUUUCGCCAUUUCCGUUGUGUCAGGGACAUACGGCCUGGCUUUGGUAGCGAUGGUGUACGUCUAUUGGAAGAUUGCGUGCGUCAUACGAAGUCAAAGCCAACGCAUUGCAAAUACUGCAACCAGCUGUAAUACAAGUCUCUCCGACACCAACAACAUGAAGUCUUCCUAUAGGAGUUCGAUAGCUUUUACAAGAAAACUUAGCCAGCAUAAAGGUGUUAUUACCCUAUUGAUAGUUAUCGUAGUCUAUCUAAUAUGCUGGUCUCCAUUUUGUUUCCUGCUCUUUUAUGAGAUCGGAUCGGGAGAGAAAGUCAAAGGACCUGCAGGCACAGUGGUAAUGUUAGCUGGGUUUGCAAACAGCUGCUGCAAUCCAAUGAUUUAUGCCAUAAAAUACAAGAACUUUAGAGCUGAAGUCAUGCGCUUGCUGCCAAAGAAGAGGCUCAAUUUAGACAACGUCUAUUUUGACAGGAAGAAAAAGAACGUGAAACUAAGAACGCUUGAAAAUAACGUCAGGAAUAGUGGAAUGGAUGCAAAAGUUUCAACACUGGACCUUUCCAGUAUAAAUAAACACUAUUUUAGUUGAGGUAGAAAUGGUCGAAUUCUCCUAGUUCGCUAUCUUUUAUUUAGCUAACGGAAAACUUUAAAAAAUAUCUUUCUGUUUAAAUAAGCAUUUCACACUAAGCUCACGCAUAAUUCAGUUUCAAACAUGUAUUAUUAACUACUUAAUAACCGAGAGUGAUUUCGUUACGGGAAAA